AUGGCCUUCCGCGCAUCCAUCCGCCGCACGCCCAUCGCGGCUCUUGCCUCCCCAUCCCCGCGCAUGGCCACCGCCGGCGCGCCAAUGAUGAUGCGCCGCCCCUUCCACAGCACGCCGCGCGCGCUGGUCAAGGUGGGCGAGGCGGUGCCGGACCUCGCGGUGCUGCACGAGGACACGCCCGGCAACAAGGUGAACCUGGCGCACGAGUUCGCGACGGCCGAUGGUGUUAUUGUCGGUGUUCCCGCGGCGUUCUCGGGCGCUUGCUCGCAGAAGCAUGUGCCGAGUUACAUCCAGCAUCCGAAGCUCAAGGAGAAGGGGAGUGUGUUUGUGGUUAGUGUUAAUGAUGCUUUUGUCAUGAAAGCAUGGGGCGAUCAACUUGAUCCUACACACGCAUCCGGAAUCCGCUUCCUAGCCGAUCCCUCCGGCGCGUUCACCAAGGCCCUGGACGUAGAAUUCGACGGCACCGCCAUCUUCGGCAACAAGCGCUCCAAGCGCUACGCUCUCGUCAUCAAGGACGGCAAGGUCGAGUCCGUUCAUGUCGAGCCCGAUAACACGGGAACCGAUGUCAGCAUGGCCGACAAGGUUCUAGCUUAG